AGUUGUAGGAUCCCGCGACUGAGGGGCCGAGAGGGGGCGGGGAAAGGAAUGAGGCUGGCUGGCUGGUUUCCUGCAGCUACCCUCUGCAGCGAGAGCUUGAGGGGCCUUCUGUUGUGGGCACUAAGUGUGACCUUCGAACCCUGGUCAGAAUAAUGGUGAGGAGCAGGGUGACGUUAUUUCAUUUAACAGCGUCUGGGCAUUCCACAGGUUUCCUUCUGCCUCUUCAGAGCCUUAACUCAGAGAGUGGUUUCCUAGCUCCAAAAAGUGAGCUCGGAGUGGGGGGGGGGCACGUUCAGGGAGACGAAGGGCAUUGUGGGGUGUUAUGUGAAAGUAGGACCCAACCGACAGACCCCCUGUCCUCGUGCUACUUAGGCACGUGGCAUUUUGAGCGUAUACUCUGGAAAAGGCCCCAGGGUGGGGAAGCUGAACCUGGCGCUUUGCACAGAAGUGUCAAAGUCUGUUCUUGUUCAAGAGGAUGAUACCCCGACCCUAUCAAGAAAGAGUUAAAGGGCCAGACUGAUUGUUUUCUUAAUGGUCUCUGGAGGUGGCUCUGGUCAAUGCAGAGCUAGCAAGAGAUUGGCUGGCUUGUCUCAACCUCCCUUUGUCUAGUCUCAUCAUCUCAGUUUGCCCAAAAGCUAUGUCCAGGCCCUCCCUCAUCACCUUCACCCCAGCCACCAGUCCCAGUGACCUCUGGAAAGAUGGACAACAGCAGUCACAGCCUGAAGAGCUGGAGCCCACCCUGGAUGGGGCUGCAGCCCGGGCUUUCUAUGAGGCCCUGAUUGGGGAUGAAAGCAAUGCCCCUGAAUCCCAGACAUCUCACCCCGAACCUUCCAGUAAGAGAAAGAGGAAGAAGAGAAGAAUAAUGAGGGAAGCUGCUGCAGGAGCCUCAGGAGGACAUGGACCAAGGAGAUCCCUUGAGGCAGAGGACAAGAUGACCCAGUGGAUACUGAGGGCAGCCCAAGAGGGUGACCUGGCAGAACUAAGAAGGCUGUUGGAGCCCCGUGAGGCAGGGGGAGCUGGGGGCAAUAUCAAUGCUCGCGAUGCCUUCUGGUGGACCCCCCUAAUGUGUGCUGCUCGAGCAGGCCAGGGGGCUGCUGUGCGCUAUCUCCUGGGCCGUGGAGCUGCCUGGGUAGGGGUCUGUGAGCUGGGUGGCAAGGAUGCUGCUCAGCUGGCCGAAGAAGCAGGCUUCCCUGAGGUGGCCCGCAUGGUCAGAGAGAGCCAUGGAGAGACAAGGAGUCCAGAAAACCGGUCCCAGUCACCCUCCCCCCGGUACUGUGAGACCUGCAAUGCGCACUUCCAAGACUCUAACCAUUGUACAUCAACUGCUCACCUGCUGUCACUGUCCCGUGAUCUCAGGUCCCCCAGCCUGCCCCUUGGGGUGCCCACGACCAGCCCAGGCUUCAGGCUGCUGCUGAGGGGAGGCUGGGAGCCUGGAAUGGGGCUGGGACCCCGGGGUGAGGGCCGCACCAACCCCAUCCCUACUGUCCUCAAGAGGGACCAGGAAGGGUUAGGUUACAGAUCAGUGCCCCAACCCCGAAUCACACAUUUCCUGGCUCGGGAUACUCGGGCUGUGGCUGGGAGAGAGAGAACCCCUCAGGUGACCACACUGAGCCGGAGGGAGGAAAGAAAGCAGGAGGAGAAGGACAGGGCCUGGGAGCGGGAUCUGAGGACAUACAUGAACCUUGAGUUCUAACCCUGGUAAGGUCUGAUCAUGGUCUGUUGCUAAGUCUGAACUCGGAUGUAGGCACUUUGGCUUUUACUUCCUGGGGUCUGAUCAAGUUCCUUGAUCCUCAGGUUUUGGUCAGUGGGCUCUGCCUUUGGAAGUGGGGGGGAUGAGCUUUGAAAAAUAAAUCAACUUUCUCCCA